AUGCGUUACUCAUUCACCAUCGCCGCCCUGAGCCUCCUCUCAUCGGCUUUUGCCAUCACCGUCACCACCCCGUCAUCAGACACGGUGUGGGAUUUCUCCACUGCCAAAACUAUCAAAUUCACUAGCGAGUCCAGUGAUCCUUCAGUAAUCAGUAUCCUCCUUCGAAGUCAGGAUGGCUCCUUCCAGACCAAAUUGGCGGAUAACGUCAAGACUUCUGCCGGCGAAUACAAGACCCAGCCUAACCCGAGCAUUUCCAACGGAGAUAGCUACGAGAUCCAGAUAAUUGAUUCCGCGGGACAGCUCGCCGUCAGUGACAUUUUUACUGUCAAGAAGGGCGCUUCGGAUGAUGGCUCCACCACCUCUUCCUCUUCUACCUCUUCUUCCACGACAACUUCUUUCACCUCUGCCGACGCCUCAUCCACCAGUACGUCCGCGUCUGCUCUGCAGUCGACUGGUGCUGCGUCGUCUCAGUUCAGUGCCCCCAAGGGAGCGAUAACUCUACUAGGUGCUGCUUUUGCGCUCUUCCACCUCUAG